AUGAAUUUUUUCAACUCAGCUUUUGGGACAAACAUCACCUUUGUUCGUCCUGCAUAUUUUAUAAUAAGUGCGUUUUCUGGAUUUCCAGAUAUCAAGUAUUAUUAUGUCUUUCUUUUUUUACUUUAUAUUGUUUCAGUGCUGGGAAACACAGUUGUGAUGGUAAUAAUAUGUGUUGACCAUACUCUGAGAACUCCAAAAUAUAUUGCAGUUUUUAAUCUAGCAUUUGUGGACCUGUUUGAAGGUACUGCUUUGUUGCCAAAGGUUCUUGACAUUUUCCUGUUUGACCAUCCCUACAUCUCCUACAAUGACUGCUUCACACUUCUCUUUUUCUACUAUACCUGCAUUGUGAUGCAGUCAUUUAACCUGGUUGCACUCUCUUAUGACAGACUGAUAGCCAUCAUCUUCCCACUGCAUUAUCAUGUGAAGGUGACCCACAGGUUCAUGUUUUCUUUGAUCGCCUCUUUCUGGCUCUAUGCUAUUACUUUUGCAGUUAUUGCAGUCGGCCUUCUCACAAGACAUUCCUACUGUAAUUCUGUGGUUAUUAACAGUUAUUUCUGUGACUAUGGUCAGAUAUAUCGUCUGGCUUGUGAUGACAAAACACGUAGUAUCAUCGUUAGCAUUCUGUCAACAGUUCUUAAUCUUUGGCUUCCACUGGUUUUUAUUGUGUUUACUUACUUAUAUAUCGGCUAUGCUUUAACUAAAGUGGCCACAGUUCAUGAGAGAGUGAAGGCUUUUAAAACCUGCACUGCUCAUCUUUCAUUAGUGGCAGUCUUUUUCCUUCCAGUAAUAAUUGCAAGUAAUUCAAUGGGAAAUUUAAAUCCAAAUGCCAGGAUCAUAAAUCUGUCUCUGACCUCUGUGUUUCCUCCCACACUGAACCCAAUCAUUUAUGUUCUGCAGACACAAGAAAUCAAAGAAUCUGUAAAAAAGUUGUUUAAAAUCAGACGGCAGUCAAAAAUUGCAGUACAUGUGUAA